AUGGGCGACGUAAAUGCUCAUCAUCCAUCUUGGGACUCUUCUUUCACCUCUCCUGAUCGCCGAGGGGAUAUCAUCCAUCAAUGGUUACACGACGCAGGACUUCGUCCACUUCAUAACAUUCAUGACGCCCCAUCCUUCCUCGGUCCCCAUGGAGCCUCUACGGUGGAUUUGGUGGCUAUCUCCAAGUCACUUCUUCAACAAGCAGCGUGCUUGGUACUGGAGUCUGCCCUGGCUAACUCGGACCACUCUCCGUUAAAAACACUCCUCAGCACUCAACCCCGCUUCGCCUUCUAUCAGCAUACUCCCCGCUCCCGUCCAUCUUGGAACUUUAAGAAGGCCGACUGGAACAAGUACCAAUCAUUCGAAGAUCGUGCUCUACUUCACGUGGAUUGGAACCAGUCAGUCGAUCAUAUCAAUGCUGCCCUCUCAAAUAUCAUCCUAGCAGCGGCGAAGCAUUCUGUCCCCCGUGGUAACAUCCCUUCCCACAAGCCCUACUGGUCCGAGGAGUUAAACCGUCUUCGUUUAGCAAAAAAUCGAAUACGUCGGGUUAUCCACUCACGCAGUCGGCUGGGCUUACCAUGGGAUCGACUGCGACAGCAACUCUGGUCUACCUCCCGCGAGUACGCUCAACGUCUCCGUGCCGCCCAACGAGAGCAGUGGGAAUCCUUCACGGGCACAUUGACUUUCUCCUAUCGUACUCAAUGGCGUGUAGCUAAAACCCUAGCUUUUGGUCCCCGGCAACAACGUCCAAUUGUGAUAAACGGCAAGCAGGGCGAGCAUGCGGCCAACUUGUAUGCCAAGUAUCUUUCAGGGUCUAUUUACAAAAGUCGCCUCUCCCCUCGAUCAAGAGCAACCUCGUGGAGAAUGUACCGCAGGUGCUCUAGCGUGCGACGUGUACAGUGCUACCAAGCCCAUCAAGCGGCCAGAUCGCUACCUACUGGGUCAUUAUCUACUCUACCACUGCCUCAACAGGCCGAUAUUGCCCAGGGCUCGGCCUUCAUCCCUGCGGAAUUAACUCGUGCGUUAGACCGUCUUAACCCUACAGCCGCCCCUGGCCCAGACAAUUUGCUUCCGCGUUUCUUUAUUCUCUCAUCUCAUAAUAUGCUCUCAGCUUUGCUUCGUCUUAUCAACCGUUCGUUCUUGUCGAUACAGGUUCCGUCAGCCUGGCGCUAUGCACGGGUUAUUCUGCUACCAAAAACCCCCACAGCUACAGAUGUUGCGGAUUACCGUCCUAUCUCGGUUACUAAUGUUGUGGCUCGUAUUGCAGAGAGUAUGGUCCUUUACCGUAUGGAAUGGGAACUUGAACGGCGCCCUUCUGCGAUCGACACCCCUCCCCUCAACCCUCAUCAACAUGGCUUCCGCUCCUUCCGUUCUAGUGCUGAACAACUUGCUUACGUCCAUGCCUCUAUUAGAUCACAGAUGGCGAACGGGUACAUCACUGGCCUUCUCUCACUAGACUGGCGGAAGGCUUAUGACACAGUGACUCUGCAAGUUCUUCUGCAGCGUCUGACUACAAAACCUAUCCACCCUCUCCUUUGCUCCUGGACAGGAGCUUUCCUCCGAGGACGACGCUUCUUCGUAGAUAUCGCAGGCGCCCGCUCUUCUUCUGUAAAGCAGAGUCAGGGGCUUCCUCAAGGAUGCCUCAUGUCGCCCUUGUUAUGGGCUAUCUACGUGGAUUCCUUGCUAGAUGAGCUCCAACGUUUAUGUGCCACUACUACUCACCCCGCUUACCGAUUGUGUGGUUUUGCUGCGUAUGCCGACGAUGUGUGUCUCUGGGCUUCUGCUCGCACCCAAGAACAGCUCGGGUUGGCCGGAUCCACACCUCGCCUCUUCACCGACUGUGCCUUCAACAUGGCAAUAGCUACUUAA